CCGCUCCCCCCUUCCAUCCUGACUGUCCCUCCACUUUGUUGGCUCCUCUGCCUGGAGCAGAAGAGAAAAUGCCUGACGGGCCUAUCACACAUUCGAAUUCGCUAGCGUCGCGCGCCACUGCUUUUACCCUCCUCGGCCUAGUCGAGGGGGUGCGUGGAGUUGCUUCUCCUCGAUCCUGAUGCUAGUUCACUUUCCCACCCCCAGCCAGCGGGUGCUUCCCCCCAAGAGGAUCAUAAAAGUCCGGAUACAACGUUUUGUGAUGAAAUUGCUGCCGUUCCCUAAUUUGCUUAAUAUACUCCAUCUGCCAGCCCUUCGCUCUCUCUUCUCUUUUCCUUUCCCUCCUCCUCCCCUUCCGUAAUAAGCCUCCGUCAACCCACUGUUCAUCAAAAACAGCUUAUUUCGUCUUCGACAAACCUAAUUCUCCCCGGUUCGUCCAGUCACUCGCUAAAGUCUUUGAGACUCUUCACAUUCGUUGGAACCACCAUACAACCGUCGUUCUCGAUAACCAAUACAACCCCGUAAUAAUCGACUUCACCGUCAAAAGAACCUUUCCACACAUUCACAAUGAAGUUCUUCUACCCUCUCGCUCUGGCCCUCGCUGCCGUCGUUGCCGCCGCCGAUGAUGACUGCGACGCCGCUCCCAUCGUCGAGGCCUGCUUGACCAGCGAGAACGCAAAGGUCAAGGACUGCAACGCCACCGACUACGACUGCCUCUGCGCCGCCUACCAGGCCGUCGCCACCUGCUACAACAACUGCCCCAAGGACUCCCGCGCCGCGCCCGCCCAGGGCCAGGUGACAAUCUACUGCCAGCAGGCCUCCCUCUACGGCUCCGCCGCCAUGCGCAAGACCCAGUCCGUCGUCUCGGCCACCGGCUCCGCCUCCGCCGCCGUCGCUUCCAACUCGGCCUCCGCUACCGCCGCCGCCACCGGCACCAGCGCCUCUGGCAGCUCCGCCUCUGCCACCGCCUCGGCCAGCUCCAGCUCCAGCUCCGCCAACAUUGGUGUCGGCCAGCUCGCCCGCAACACUGGCGGCGUUCUCCUCGCCGUUGCCGGCGUCGUUGCCGCUGUCCUCUAAACGAACGAAAUAUCUUUUGCAAGAUAACGCACAUCAUCUUCUCCUCCACAGGGGGGGAACCAAGAUACCAAAACAUCAUGUCAUUUAAAGCGAUUAUGUUUACGGUGCUCAAGAGAUUUCUGGCAAUGUUUUUUGUCAAAGACGUACAGGACAGGAUAGGACCUGAUUUAACGGAGCAUAUGUGGCACACCCAAGCGAGAUUUUGGGGCCAAGGAAACGGGGGAACGGCGAAAGAAAAACCAAACCACCAUUUGUAUAUGCUUAAUCUUUGUAAUUACCUAAUUCCAAUCCAGCCCUUCAUGAAGUUUACUUUUCAUGGACGAGAGAGAGAGAGAAUCAGGUUCAACAGGCAAGAAAGAGAGACAGCAUGUGCUAUGAAGAUACCGUCGAUGAUAUUCGUGAAGUCGCGCAACGCAUGUUUACAACUUUUCACUCUUCUGCUGCUGCUGCCUGAAGGGGGAUUCAACACGAACCAAGUACCUCACACAUCUGACUCUGAUUUGUUGACUAUGCAGUAGCCUACGUUACACAGCAUUACACGAAGAAAAAGAAUGAAGAAGAGACAAACUGAAAUCCACGGGAACCAUUUCUUAAAUGUCUUCAAGAGACUCCUAGGUAGUUCUCCAGGCCAACA